AUGGCAGACAGUCACAAUAACUCUACCAUGGGCGCAGACCCGAGCGCUCCAAGUUUCGAGUACCCAAUCCCGAUCGAGACGUCAACUCAGAUUGGCUUACUUGCUGCCUCAUGGCUUUGUAUUAUCAUCUGCACCUGUGUGGUGACAAUGCGCAUAUGCGCAAGGCGCCGGGUUACAUCAAGGCUGGAUGGCGCCGACUACUGUACUUUGACUGCCUUGUUUUUCAACACGGCGCUACACAUCGAUAUCUUGAUCAUGGUGCACCGAAGUGGCUUUGGUUUUCAUAUCGAUGAGAUAGCCAAACGGUUCGGGCCGGAUGUUCUGGAACUCUUCUUUAAGGUCAUCAUCUCUUUCACCCUACUCUGGUGUGCAACGACGGCAUUCACCAAGCUGUCAGUCCUGCUGCUAUUUACAACCCUCUUCCCAACGAGGAGGAUGCAGAUGGCUGCUUAUAUCAUUGGUGGCUUCAUUGUUGUCUGGUGCAGCGCAGCCGUCGUCACAACGCUGCUCAUGUGCAAGCCGUUCGAGAUGAACUGGAACCGUUCUAUACCCGACGGCCACUGUGGCGACGACCCCCUGUUUUAUACAAUACUCGGAGUAAUCAACAUCAUCGUCGAGGUCACCAUCUUGAUGCUUCCCAUGCCGGUGAUCUACAAGCUCAACAUGCCCCUUCACCGAAGACUUGGCGUGGUCGGCAUGUUCAGCCUCGGGUUCGGCACGUGUGCCGUGACGAUAUACCGUCAGACCAAGCUAGAAAACCUCAACUUUGAGGACAUGACGCACGAGGGUGCCGUGGCGACGCUCCUAUCCGGCCUCGAGCCCUCGGUGGCUCUCACGCUGGCCUGCAUCCCUCUGCUGCGGCCUCUGCUGUGCCGGCGAGAUGGCAGCGGCGAAUCCUACUUAUCGGAUCUAUACCUGAACGGCGGCGGCGGUGGCGGCAGUGGCAGCGGUAACAGCAGCAACGAGAGGAACCGGAGCCAGAAGAAUCUGGCCAGGAUGGGGACGAGAACGAUGGAGGAGAAGGGAGGAUCCGACCCCGCCGUCGGCAUCGGUCUCCGGCAGUACCGGAACUUAUCCGACGACGUCGAGCUGAAUCCCGUCAGGGGGGGUGCUGUCGGGCAUGACAUGGAAAUUUCGGCCGAAGGGUCCGAAUCAGGGGCUUUCUUGCGAGAACAAACAAAACGUAAUACUUGA